UGCCCUACCCGCACCGGCAAUCGCGGCUACAACUGUCAAUCACCGGGUCCAGACCGGUGAUUACUCGCUGGCGCUUGAUGAUUGCCGAGAAUCUCAGGCGGGGGGAAGGGGGAGAACUGUAUGUAAACAAAACUGUUCUCCUCCCUGUCAGCUCAUGCACACUGCUUUGCAUGGUGCAGUGUGCUUACAGUGAAGCACAAACACAGCCCCACAGUAAAACACACCCAGCACACAGUGAACCCUUUGAUUGCCCCACAUGUUAACCCCUUCAUGCCCAGUGCCAUUAGUACAGUGUCAGUGGUUUUUAUUAGCACUGAUCACUGUAUUGGUGUCACUGGGGAUAUCAGUGACACCAGGUCAGUUCUCCCCAGUGUCAGAAUGCCCGCCGCAGUCCCGCUAUAAGUCGCUG